GGAUGUUAAAACGAAACAAAAUGGUUCACUUUUAAAUACAAAUAUCUAAGAUCUAGUGUUUUCAUCUGAGACAAUUUCAAAGGAUUUUUAGUCCAUUGUUUCAUUUUGUAAUGUUAUAUUUACAGUUAAUAGAAGAAGGAGAUGACAUUCAAAUGGGGACUUUGUUCUAAUCGGACAUAGGAAUAUCAAUUCCAAAAAGGUAUUAACAAAAUGGAUUUCGAUGGAAAAAAUGCUUACGCGGAAAUCGUUUUGUUGUUGAUGGACAGUGUUAAAUUUGUGAAGGAAGAAUUAUUGGUUAAGUAUGUUUCACAAAUUUGUCACAUCGAUUUAGACACAUACCUUCGAAACAAUAAACUUAAGCUCGAACCCUUCCUCCACAAAGAAGCUGUGCCAAUACUUUUUCCCUCGAGAGGAAAAACGAAUGUUAAGGAAUGGGACAUGUCAAUGAUAGACUUAGUGUUUACUCAGCUCCAAAAAAAUUUGCUUUUGGGGUGUGUUCGUGCAUCUGGUAAUAGUCUCAAGGACAUAGUUAAAACCCACCAACAUGCUAUAAGAAAUUCGCAAAUUGGUCGAACAAAAGCUGGUACAUUUUUUGCUUUGAAACCAGACGUCAAAUUUUGGACGAUGCCAAUGAUUUGCUUCGUUUUGAAAACCGCCUUUUCUUCGAAAAAUGAAGUGUCUCUCCAUGGCACCAUUGACGCCACGCAUAGCAUAAGGAAUGAACUAGCUCAUUGUAAAAAGGCAUUUCUUGAAAAGAAAGACUACGAGAAUUUUAAAUCGGAAAUAACACAGUUGAUUGAAAACACCAAGACGUUUGUACAUGACCCUUCGUUUGAUGCAAAUAUUGACAGUAGCGUCAAAUUGAUAAAGCAGAAAUGUUCAGCUAUGUCAUUACCGGACGCAAUUGUUGCGUUGAACAACUGGGCCACAACACAAAAUGAAAUUGAAAAAAAACUUGAUCAUCACCACGAAGGUAAUUGAAGCAUGGAACCUAACAUGAAGAAAACAUUAAAAAGCAUGACCGGACACAGGGAAUGAUAACAGAAAACACUAACCAGCAUGCUCGGACACGUGACAUGAUUGAAGAAAAUACAAACCAACAUGCUCGGACGCAUGACAUGAUUGGAGGAAACUUUAACCAGCUUGCUCGGUUACUGGAAUUGAAUGGAGACGUACUGGACAGAUUAACGAGAAUAGAAAGAGCAACAGAAAAGAAACGGGAAGAAGAAAGAGGAGAAAUUCGAGACCGACCAAAUCCAGUUCGUAAGAUAUCCGACUCCGAUGCAGAGCCAUGCAAAUACUUUAGUUGUGGUUCUGAGGUUUCUUCCAGUUCACGACCUGAAGUAAGAGGUACACUCGGGGGAUUUGUUUUUCACACACAUUUACAAUCUACCAGCGUAUGUGCAAUCACUACCAACCAUGUUAUGCGUACUAUGGUAUCAGAGGAUGAUACAAUGAUUGUUGAUGGCGCUCGUAUUGGCAAAUUGUUAGAGAUCGUACAAUUUGUCGACGUUGGAAUAGCAGCCAUGGAGAUAUUUGGUGAAUUUGUUCCAAAAUGUCAGUUAGCGUUUAAAGAUACAAACGGAGAUGCUAAGCCAUGCAACCUUUACGACACUAAGACAGAAGAUAUUGAAGAAUGGAAUGGUCGCCAUGUACAUAUUUGGGGAGCGUCAUCAAAACCUGGUAAAGGUAUCAUAGCCUGUUCCAAGUAUACGACUACUUCUAACGCUUAUUUUCUUGUUAAUGACUUGCCUGGACAAGAUGAACCGUUUUCUAAACCCGGUGAUGGUGGAGCAAUUGUCAUCUCCGAAAGCAUUGACGGCAGUAAUAUGACAGCUAUAGGCAUUGUUUUAGGGAAAAGUGUGGGUUCCUCGAAAGAAGGAUCUUACGUCUGCUCGUUUCUGCAAGUCAGUUUAGAUCGGCUUUCGAAAUAUAAUGAAGGAACUUUUUCGAUUUACAAAGGAGUUGUGAAGUUUUGAAUAGACAUGAUACUAUUUUUGUGGCCUAAGCGUUCUUAAGUUAUAUUUUAUUUAGAUAAGAUAUAUAUUUAGCUGGGCUCUAAACAUGGCCAGAAAAUUCGCCAGCUUAUGAUAUUGUUAACAUUCGAUCUUUUUGAUUUACUACAACAAGAUAUUGAUCAUUUUCAAUCCCAUGGCAGAGUUUUAUUAUUGAUCUCUGAAACGCAAGUGAUGAAAAUAAACGUGACUGUAAAGCGCAUGAAUUUGAUAGAUAAUGAAGAUUAUGUACCCAAUUCUGCCUUAUUUAGAUAUUCAGGUGAUGCUUAUAACCAAUUUCGCUUAAAAAUAUUAUUAUGAGUCGGUACCCAGAAAGGCACCGGCUAUUUUUGAUAGUGUCCACUAUUGUUCUCUAACUUAGGGAGCAGUUCAUAAUUGCAGAAGAAUGAUUUUGAUAUUUUCUACGUUGUACGAUAAAAUGUGUACAGGUACAGUGUACCUAAACAACUAUACUUUAAUUGAUAACGAAGUCUUAAAUGAUAACGGCUCUGAAUAUUGGUGUGUGUGUGUUUUAAUAUUGAUUUUCCGCGAAUAGAUGAAGGUUAGACGGAACUAUAAGAAAUUCCUUUAUGUUUCUCAUCCUCCUUCGCAGUAAUCACCCUUAGCGAGCAGCGAAAAGGGGAGUUUUGAAAAACAUCAAGCUUAAUUGUUAGUUUUGCAAAUGUCAUUCGAAAGAAUAAGUUAAUGAUUUUUCCCUUAUGAUGUAUAGUUCUAUUUACUCAUAACAGUAAAGUGUGUUCAAAACAACAAAUAUAAUUGUAACACUAAUAUCAACAAUAAUGUUUUUCGAACAUAUGUAUUCCUAACAUGUUAUCAUUGAAUAAUUACAUUUUUUGUGUGAUCUGCAAGUUUUUUUUAUUGAUUUUUAUUGCGUCGACUUGAUGCUUUGCAUAUAUUUUUUAUUUAUUAGAUUUGUGUACAUCCACUGCCUUGCGUAUAGCUUAUGGUCGAAUAUGGUGGUGGUGAUGGUGGUGGUGUGUAAGCUUAUUUAUACUCGCACUUGGACCUUGUCCAUUCGGCAAGUGCUCCGAUAAGAUUGCUAGUGAUUUAAGGUUUUCGGAGCAUAGUUCACAGACAGAAUGUAACCCUGGUUAAAGCUACCCUUGUUCUUAGACGUGCACCAGUGUAUAAGACUGUCACAUGGAACCCCCAUUUAACGUCCCUCCUGGAAGACGAGUAGUUGAUGUUUAGUGGUACGGCGGGGAAUCGAACCUGCGAUCAAUGGAUUGACAGUCAAGUGUGUUAUCACUAGACCAUGGAUCCGCCGGGUCGAAUAUGUCACGAGACGGGGUCAUUUACACUCAAGAGUCUCGUGCGAUUAAGUGACAUAGAUUAUUUGAUCUUGAAUGAGCAUGAUUUUCAUUGUAUUGAUAAUUUUAAUGUAGACAAUUUUGGUGAAGGGUCUAAUCAUUGUGCACUGUUAUUUGUUAGUCGUCACUAAGCCAGACAAGUAGGUUUACUUCGGGUACUUCGGUUUCACCCACAACAUAAGUACACACUCUCGUAAAAUAUCGUGGCAACGAGAGUGACUUAAUAUAAGUUAUCAUAACUUUCUUCACAAUUGUUGUAAAAUAAAAAAAAUGUUUAAACUAAAAAGUAGUGCUGCAUGUUUUGUUUAGAUAUAAUUCGAGCGUAUACACGUAUACUUGGAAAACCUUUGAAAAUGACAUGCGCAGUGGGUUUUGGGCCAAAUUGUACGACUUCAAUACUUUGUAAUUAAAUAUUGAUAUGCAAAAUGCUAAAGUUUUGAAAAUACUGUUCACGAUUAUACAAGUAUAAUUAGAGGCGUCGCCAACUCGAUAUAUUGUACAAUGUAUAUUCAAACCGCCCACAAGAUAGUCAUAUUAAAAAGUCUGAUUGGUUUUACUUAGAGUGCUGUGAGGCAAAAUUAAACUGUAACAAGAAUGGUGACAACAGGCUAUUUAUGUUAGAUUACAUAGUAGCUUACAAGCGUAUGGUCAAACGUAAACGUAGAAUAUAUUAUUCUAUAUUGCUAUACGACGGAUACCAUACUGAGUUGCUUCAACAAUGGCUUCAGCAAUCAUUUAACAUUAUUAAAACGCAGAUGAAACAAGCUUCGAUGUUAUAUUCUCUUUUAUAAAAAGAUUUCCAAUUUC